UGUUGCUCGCGAUUCCCUUUUCCCGGUCGCUGCGUGCGCUAGGUGAGAGUUCAUCCGUAAACGGCCAACUGUUGCAAGUUGCACUCAGCAGGGAGCAGGUUGCAGGCUGCAUGAUAACGGCUCCAAUUACUGCCUUAAGUGCAACACAUUACGGGUGUGAAUUUGAUUAAUUGCUUUGUAAUCCGAUUGUAAGCGGUGAAAAGUUUGUGUAAUUCAAGGAUUUGUUUUAACAAAUCCCAUGUAACGCUGACCCACUUCCCCAUUACCCAACAAUAACAAUACAAAGUUAAGUGCAAUGGCCAACUCUAAACGUAAACUGCCGACAAAAACCAGUGCCACAAAGAACUCGUCGCCCCAUAAAGCUCUUCCCCGUUCAAGGGAAAAAGCGCACACAGAAGCAGAUUCAACGGAUGCCAAAGACUCCUCCCUGCGUAACCACUUUUUCAGAGAUUGCUUCGGCCACGAACUGAGCAACUUCUCCAGCUUGUCCAACUUCACGCUCUGGCUGCAGAGACCCGUGGAUGGAGCAGCCUUGGGUAUUUUCCGGUUGCUCUAUGGGGCAGCCAUGCUGAUUGACAUCGCAGAGGAGCGGGGCGGCGGACAACUAGAUGUGCGAUUUCAAGAACCACUUCACUGUCACUUUCCACUCUUCAACGGGAUGCGGGCAUUGACAUAUCCGCUUAUGGGAUGUGUCUACCUGUGCAUGUGGCUGGGGGCUUGGGGCAUCAUGGUUGGAUAUCGAUUUAGGAUCAGCUGCCUAGCCUUCCUAAUUCCCUAUUGGUACAUCUUCCUGCUGGACAAACCGACGUGGAAUAACCACAGCUAUCUCUUCGGACUGGUUGGAAUUUUGCUGCUCUUUACCCAAGCGGAGUCCUACUGCUCCCUGGACAGCUGGCUAAAUCCGAGAAGCAGUCGUUAUAUUCCCUAUUGGAACUACUUCAUUAUCAAAUUUCAGUUCUUCGUACUAUACAUGUACGCAGGUCUAAAGAAGUUUUCCCUGGAGUGGCUAUCGGGAUACGCGAUGACCAAUCUGAGCUAUCACUGGGUCUUUGCCCCAUUUCGCCAAGUUAUAGAUCCCGAGCUGAUUGACCUACUGAUCGUGCACUGGUUCACAGCCUUCUUCGACUUGUCCAUUGCUUUUUUUAUGACAUUGGACAAGACAAGACUACUGGUCACCCCUUUCAUGCUCAGCUUUCACCUUAUGAACUCCCGACUCUUCGUAAUAGGCAUGUUUCCCUGGGUUUGUUUGGCUGAGGUGCCGCUUUUCUUCAGCUUUGACUGGCCUAGAAGGAUAAGCGACUGGUCAAAGACCCCACUGCUCCGGCCAAAAUAUCCCACGAAAGAGCUCUCAAAGCCGGGAAUCCUGGCUAAAAUGCGAACAUGUCUCAUCCUCGGUUACUGCGGACUUCAGCUCUUUCUGCCCUACUCACACUUCAUCACUAAGGGAUAUAACAACUGGACGAAUGGACUGUACGGCUACUCAUGGGACAUGAUGGUGCACUCAUACGAUACAUUACAGACAACCAUCCAAGUGGUCGACAACGAGAGCCGACAGGUACACAACCUGAAUCCAUAUGCUUUUACAGAGUACGACCGCUGGACGAAGUAUGCCGACAUGGCUGUGCAGUACGCCAGGUGCAUAGAAGAUAAUCUCCGGGAAGGAGAGCCGAAGAUGGCAAAAAACAUCUCCAUUUACUUUGACAUUUGGUGCUCAAUGAAUGGUCGUUUCCAACAGCGCUCCUUCGAUCCGCGUGUGGAUCUGCUCCAGGCCAAGUGGUCGCCCUUUGAGAGCACCUCCUGGUCGCUGCCACUGCUGAACGAGCUGAAUCACAUGCGGCCCAAGCUGCGGACUAUUGAGACUGAGGUGCUGGCGUGGAACAACUACUCUGAUGUGGUCUUUGUCGCCGAUUUCCCAGGACUUACGUUGACCAAUUUCAUCUCGCCAGACCUAAUAAACUGCACUCUAACUAUCCUCGAAGGAAACGUGCGUUAUAGGAACGAGCGGGAUCCAGAGGCCUAUUUCCUGACAGCCGGCAAAAGCAUUGGUCUGGAGAGCAACAUUACCCAUUUGGUAACCACCAUUGGCCAGAAACCAGCCUCUUAUCUGUUUACAUACACCAACAAGACGAUGCUGGAGCAGGGCAUCACGAUAGAGAGCCCGGAGGCAGAGGAGCGUUCUAUUUUGCCAUUGUGGCAAGAGUUCCAACAACGGGUGACCAACUAUCAACAGUUUCUGAGCCACAUUGGCAACUGUCUGAUGUUUUUGCUUUACGAUGUGCCCAUUCCGCAGGUCAUGAAAGAGAGAGAUUGAGUUUGAAGG